AUGCAAGGCCGCUGCAUACGGGGACCUGGCAGCUACGAUACCCGGGGCACGCAGAGCAAGGCUCAGCCGGUGAUUCGUUCGAUGGCCCGCAACACUCCCGGGCAUGUGGAUGCAGGAACCGGCAAUCGUUACAUCAUCCGUAGGCUCACACCGGGGCCCAUCAGCCUCUUUGAUUCGGCCAUCGACCGCUGUUGUGCCCCGGGCGAGCCCGACGCAUCUAACGACGUUAAGUCGCAUGGACGUGGGACGCCGCCCACCGCCACCCCCGCCAACAGAGCAAAAAACUCGGAGCACGCCGGCGAGCUGCAAGCGUCGCUGGUUUGUGAUCGGCUCUGCAAGCCGGUGCCCCCGCUCGAACUCGGAGAGGCCGCGCGCGGGUUCCAGUUGUUUGCGCUGCAAGCGGCGUCUGGCGCGCAAAGGCAGUCCUCUCACGGCCUCCCCGGCUCCGCUUCCGGCAGUGUUCUAGAAGGGAGGGAACGCCCUCCCGACCGCUGCGACCGCUGUGGCGUCCACUAUCGCGCCGAUCACGGCAUGUUUGACUCCCUGGCGCCCCGCAUGCCGGCGAACUCGGGGAAGCAACACAAACACCUCGGCGCUUGCCCCUGCCCGCCGCCCACCCCGACACCACCGCUCAUUGUCCAUUGUCCUGAAGAAUCGCCGGCGCGAUUCGGCACCCGCCUCCCCGCGAGCCGCUUGCUCUCCUGCAUCCCAUCUCCACUCUGCUUUGCGCCUUGGGCGUCGUCUGUUUCUCCCUGGUCCUCAUCAACCGGUCAGUUGCAGGUCCAAUCCGCAUGCUUCUCCUUCUUCAGCAGUGCCAAGCAGCCAGCCAUUGACAACGAGCACUUCGUCGCCGAGAACCCGGAGCGCGCGCGCGACCGGGAGAAGCUGACCAAACACGGCAAGCGUAUGGGCGUGCUGGACGAUGCCUUUGAGCCCAAAUACACCAACAAGUCUCCUUGA